CGAGCUGAAAGUCCAGGUAACAUUGACCCCUUUUUAGCAGGCGAUGACCCACAAGGCAAUCAGCCUUAACGAUCAACGUCUUCAAGUUAAUUCAGCAGGGUUUUACGGCCCCCGAGAUAAAUAAGAUAGUCAAUAUCUAUCAUUUACGUAUGCUCGUUAAAUAUUUGAAACGGCACCGGGGAUGUUGCCAACUACAGUUACCCGAACCCUAUCGCAGUUUUUCGUAGUACGCCGUGUAUAAGCGUGGCUCUUGCGGCUGAGAAGAUAGUGAAUACACUAAACGCCAGUAGUGUACUUGGCAGUACGACUAACUAUGCUCCGGGACCUAACUUCAUCUCCGCAUCGGAAGCAAGUCGCUUGCGGUUGAGAAUAGUCACUCUUUUAAGGGUCUACAACUAAAUUUAAGGCUGACUUGAACUGCAUUCUUCUCCGGAAAGCGGAUAGCCUAGUAAAACGACUAGCAAUAGGCAGCGACGAUGAAGCGAGACAUCUCGGUUAUCCAUCAUUAUUUAAAGGGUUACGAGACCCUGUGCAAGGUUAUUCCCUAGGACUUCACUAUCACGCAAGAAUACGCUACCAAACUUACCAUUCGACCCCCCAAACACCACACGACAUAAUUAAGAUGUCAAAACUACCUCCCGUUGAGAAAUUGCCUCUGGCAUUGAGGAAAAACAUUCGCGAUGACUGGGACAAUAAGAAGUUGGAUCUCGAACAACAGAUCUCCAACAUCCUCACUGUCCCCUGGACCGUAGACGUCAACCCCAACCAAUUAUACGCGUAUGCCACAGAGGGUUACGCGAAAGAAUCUUUGGGAAGUUGUAUAGCUGGUUAUAUCACUGGAGCCGCAUAUAGACUCAAGGAGUUCGUAGAUCAUGCUGGGGAAGAAGGCUUAAAAGAGCUAAACACCAUCUGCUCCGCCCACACCAUCACCAUAGACCUAGAUGACACCGGACGCUUCCCCUACUGCGGCGUAGAUAUCCACGAGGGUAAAUUACGUAUUCUUUUCGCUCCCGAACGUCUAGGCGUCAACAUCGACGACGCCAUCAAUCGGGAUAUCCUUCUAAAGGCCCUUAACGAAGCCCCAGCCCCCACAUCAGAGGACAAAUUAAGCUUCGCAGCGCGGUCGGAUAUCCGCAACGAGUACGAGCCCCGAGCCGAAGCAAUCCGAGCGGAAAUCGGGCAGAUCCUAGAAAAACCCGAUAUCAAGCUAAACCCCAACUUCGAGAGCACAUUCGCGAAGCUCCGUGAGGAAAGCGAGGCGAAGAAGAUCGACAUUCGAUCUGAUUGGGAGAACGUGUUGGGCUCCUUCACGCGUAUGUAUUGGGAGGGACUCGUUACUCAGCUUAAGUGCCAGAAGUUCGACCAGGAUGAAUUGCUGCGCGAGGGAUUCCAUGAGGCGGUUGAGAAGGGAGAAAUUGCGUUUCGGAUUGUGGAUCAGUUGAAGUAUGACUCGUAUUGCGAAUGCGAUAUCGAAGAUGGUGUUUUGUAUUUGCAGUGUACUGCUAAGAAUUGGGGGACGAAUAUCGAUAAUGCGGCGGAGAAGCUGGUUGAUAGGUUGUAACUUCUUCACGUCAUCGAAAUGUUAGUCGAUACCAAAACGAGGUCCUAAAUUUUGA